AGUUUUUUUUUUGGUCAAAAUCACUACAUUUUUGUGUACAAAUUAAUUAAAGUCAUUUUUACCGAAAAAAAACUAUCCUCUACCGGGCAUACAUGAUAAACGAUGAUGACCGUUGCAAAAACGACGUCGUAGAAGGAAGAGCGAUAUCGCAGAGAGCUCAGAAGAAGGUUGAAGAAGAAGACGAAAAUGGCACAGCAGCAACAACAGCAGCUGAACAGCAACAUCCCAGUUAGCGAAGUUUUCUGGACUCUCGUCGACAAAGCCGACAAAAAAUUCUCCAAAAUCAGAGACUUACCUUAUUACCAACGCUCCAGGCAUGAUACUUAUUUCUGCAAAGUUUUCAAAGUCUACACACAAUUAUGGAAAUUCCAACAAGAAAAUCGUCAGAAAUUAAUCGAAGCAGGGUUGAAAAGAUGGGAAAUUGGAGAAAUUGCUUCGCGGAUCGGUCAAUUGUAUUUUGGACAAUAUAUGAAAACUUCUGAUUACAAUUAUUUAUCAGAAUCUUAUAUUUUCUAUGAAGCCAUUUUCACGCGCGAUUAUUUCAGAGAGGGAUUGUUUUCGGAUGUUAAUAUUGCGAAUAAGCAGUUGAGGUUUUUGGCGAGGUUUUUGACAGUGUGUUUGCUUUUGAAUCGGAGGGAAAUGUUGCAACAGUUGGUUAAUCAGCUGAAAGUGUUGGUUGAUGAGUGUAAGAGAGUGUUUGUGGAUAGUGAUUUUAAGGAGUGGAAGGUUGUUGUGGUGGAAAUUGGGAGGUUUUUGAAAGUUGAUACGGGUUUUAUGAAUGUUAGACCAGUAAGAUAUAGUUUGGUUUUGGAUUCUCAUCCUGAUACUUUACCGCGUGUUCCUGUUGCUAUCACGAAGCGGAAUUUGAAAUUAAGAGAUGCUAUGUUGAGUAGCUUCCAUUAUAAUGAGGUUAAGUUUUCAGAGUUCACUAUUGACACUUUUAGGAUGCUUCAAUGUUUAGAGUGGGAUCCUAGUGGCUCAUUUUACCAGUCUGGUGGUUCAAAACUUAGUCAGAAUGGGGCAACUGGGACUGGGCGUAUCAGUUACAUACAAGAUAUUGCUGAUCCUACGUUGCCGGCAAACCCACGGAAAGCUAUAUUAUACCGUCCUUCACUGACACAUUUCAUAGCUGUUCUUGCCACAAUUUGUGAGGAGCUUCCUUUGGAUGGUAUUCUCCUUGUAUAUUUGUCAGCUUCAGGAGCAGGAUCUUCUGGUGCCGGGAAUAAUGAAUCUGGUUGCAUAAACUUAGGUUCCCGUGGAGAUAGAGGAUCAAACUCCAUAUAUCCAUCGGACUUUCUACCAUUUACUAGAAGACCACUUCUUUUAAUCAUUGAUAAUGAGAACAGCAAAGCUUUUAAGAAUGUGCAGGUCAUAACUGAAGCAGAAAAAGGAGAGUCAGUUGCAAUGCUCCUUUCUCCAAGCCGUUUGCCUCCUUUUGUGUCUGAUUGCUCACAUUCUUCAAAUGGGAGCCUAUUCACCAUGUUUCUUACAGCUCCGCUACAAGCUUUCUGUUUGCUGCUAGGAUUUUCAGCCACUGAUAUUGAUUUGGACUUGUACAACAAAGCUGAAACACUGCUGUCAUCAUCAUUAAAUAACUGGGGAUUGGCGUUGGCAUCAACAGACACGCUUGAUCCAGUUUGGGGACAGGUUUUAGGCGACCCCUUCAUAAGGAGACUUCUUAUAAGAUUCAUAUUUUGCCAGACAGUGUUGACCAUGUAUGCACCAGUUUAUGAUAAAAAUGAAUUCCUUCCAACAUGUGUCCCUUCUCUUCCAACGCCUGUCCUAGCUCCAAGCUGCUCGUAUCAAAGUGUAAUUCUGCAACUAGCUGGCAUUUUUGGUGCAACUAAGCACUUCAUCUUUUCUGAGGACCUUUCUCCUAAAAAUACAAUUCCAAACAUGGAUCAGUUGUGAAUUAUAGCAUUUUAAGCAGCAAGGGAUCCAAUUUCCAAGAUAAGCAAGAACUUCACUUCAGAAGCACAUAAUGCAUACAGGUUAUUUGCAUAGCAAUCAAGAGCUGAUUCCUAUCAACAUCACAAUUUGGUCUUGGUGAGUUUCGUGAAAUAAUUCAAGUUAAGGCUUUAAUAUUGACCAAAAACAAAGAGAAAGGUGCUUAUGUGGAUUUGUAAUUCAACGCUGUUUACAUGACAAGUUGUGUGCUCAGGAACAAGAUUAUAGAACAGAACUAGGAGAAAGUUUUAUAUGGCGCUUAGUAGUAUUUUUUAGAGCAACCAUUUUAUUCCCUUUCACUACAAGUGUCAAGAUGCUCCAAUGUUUGUGCACUUGCUCAUUAAUGCUUUUCAAUGUAUGAAAUUAUUUCUUGCAUGAAGAUGUUGGCGCACUGCAUUUUGAAUGACGUUUUUCUUUAAAAUGUGAAAAACAAUACCACAUUUACAAGUUUGGGUUUUUUUCUGCAACAUUUGUGGAUAGUUCCUGCAUAAUUUGUGUAUCCACCAACAUGUU